AUGUCUAUAAUUGAAGAUGUAAAACAUGAUUACAAGUUCAAAGUUGUUUUGCUGGGCGAAGGAGCUGUUGGAAAAUCAUCGCUUGUUAUGCGAUAUGUAAAAAAUAAAUUCACAAGCAGACAUCUUUCAACUAUACAGGUAAGAAUUUGAAAAUUUGACCCACAAGUGUUCAUUUCUUCUCAAUAUAGAAAUAUUUUAGGCCAGUUUUCAAACUCAAAAAAUUCAAAUCGAUGACGAUGAAGUGGAAUUGAAUAUUUGGGAUACAGCAGGUCAGGAAAAAUAUCAUGCGUUGGGACCAAUUUAUUAUAGAGGAAGUAAUGGAGUUUUAUUGAUUUUUGAUGUAACAGAUCAACGGUCUUUUGAAAAGGUAUUUUAAAUCACAAACAAAGUUCAAUAAUUAAAACAAAAUUAAUUUCAGGUGAAAAUGUGGGUUCGAGAAUUGCGAGCAACUCUUGGAAAUUCGGCGGUUCUUAUGAUUGUUGGUAAUAAAAUCGAUAUGGAAAAUGAGCGAACUGUUUCGAGAGAAACUGCAGAAGAAUAUGCAAAAACUGAAAAUGCAUUUUAUUCUGAAACAUCGGCGAAAGAAAAUAUUGGAAUCUCAACGGCUUUUGAAACACUUACUGAAAGUGAGUUUUUAAAAUGGGAAUAGGAAAAUAUUCAUUUUGAAAAAAUGUUCAGAAAUGAUCGAACAUAAUAAAGAAAAUGCUCGAAAUGCUCCACCAAUCGCAAAUCGAUCUAUUCAACUCAUUGAUGAGAAUGAAAGAAAUUCUUCGAUACGCACGAAAAAAGCAAAAUGUUGUUGA